GGGAGUUAUUACCUUCGUUAUCAAGAUAUUCCUUUUCCUCAAAAUACUUAUCACAAAACUUUUAUGGUAAAGAAAAGUUUACUCCCUUCUGUAGUGAAUUGGAGGAAACUCAAGAACCCUAUUGGGAAGAUUAUGUUUUUGAGGCGGUAAACAAGUUCGAUUAUCAAGAAUUUCUUUGCUACGCAGACACGCACGUUAGAUCUUUUCCCAUUAGAAAACCUUUACAAUCACGUGUUUCCGUCCGUUGCAAGGAAUGCGAACAUCUUCUUGUGAUGCCCGAGUUGACUGCAGCGUCUUCAAAGUUUAAGAUGAAGCAUCUCGCUUUAAAUUAUGUCCCUACGAUAACUUUUACUGGAAACAAAUACACGCCAGCCACUUCUUCGGUGGAGUUACCCGUCACCUUGUCAAAUCCACGUGAUUCAGCUGUAUUUCUAACGUUUAGUGAUAUUUAUUAUUCAGAAGGAAAGGCGGAAUUUUCCUCUUCAGAUGUUACGGUGGGUCCUUAUGAUGAAGUUAACGAAUUGCUAGGGGAAACCGAAGACAAAAUUAGAAAUGCACAAGAAAAAGUUUGCUGGCAAAAAGGACAUAAAGUCGGCCUCUUAUUAAAAUUGAACAGAAAAAAUAAAGAUUUGAAGGGAAAAAGCUUCGUAAAAGCCACCAUAAAAGUAGCAGAAGCGUCGCUCGCUGGGAAGACGCUCUCUUACGCCGUUCUUCUUCAACUUUCUGCUUCCGCGCGUUGAAUUGCUUUAAAUUUAAUUGGAAAUUUCAAAUUCACUUGAAUAUUCUUGAAAUUCGCUGUAUUCUUCAAA